AUGGAAGAUUACGCCAACCUAUCAUUUUAUCAUCUUACUCCAAACGCUGUCAUCAAAAUGUGUUUUUGGCCUGAAUGGCGCCCACUUAUCCGAGCUGUUUGCAAAGGAGACUUGCAAGGUUAAAACAUAUUUUGUUAAUUAAGGUGUUGGUCAGACUGAGAUUCUUCACGUAGUUCAGACACAAACCACGGCAGCUUAUUGUAGAAUACUACGUACACUGGACCACCACGUUUGAGAUAUCUUCUUCAGGCAGUUCAGACACAAACCACGGCAACUUCUUCUAGAAUACUACCUACAUUACAGACCUUCGCGUUUGAGAUAUCUUCUUCAGGCAAUUCAGACACAAACCACGGCAACUUGUUCUAGAAUACUACCUACAUUACAGACCUUCACGUUUUCUUGUAGCCGUCCUAAGUUGUGGCAUAAGUGCAAGGAAGUUAUCAAAUGCAGCUGCAAGAAUUUCAUACCGUAUUGAACCAAGUGCUGCAGACAAGGGUUCUGUGGCUUUGUUCAUCGCAUCACAUCGAGGCCACAAUGAAAUUGUUCAAGCUUUAAUGAAUGCAAACGUUCGAGCAUUUGAAGCUCAACCUUCAGACAGGACACCGUUAUUGAUGGCGGCGAAAAAUUCCAGAGUUGAAACUGUUGACCUGCUUUUAGGUAAGUUUAGUAUGGAGUAAAUCCAUUUACCAAGUCAAAUCUGAGUCCGAGUCACAGUCGAACAGGGUUAGGAGUAGGGUUAGGGUACUAAGUCAGGACAUUUGACACGGGCUCGGAUUUGACUUGGACUCGGAUUUGACUCGACUUUGUAUUCUGCAAACGCACUGCAGUUUUCUCCUGUAGUAACACAGGGUCAACAAGGGAUAACCAUUACUGGACCUCUAUAAAAGACCCAUUUCCACUCAAGAAAAAUUUCUACGGACUGAAAGUUUUCCGAAAAUAUCAUUGUUAAAAGUUGAAAAUUUUCAACUUCAAAAUAUUUUCCGACGCGCAAAAUUUCGGCCACAUUUCUUUCUGCGGCCCUUUCCUGAGUUGAAAUGGGCCUGAAGUCAGUUCAGUUUAACUCCUGUAGUAUCACUGAAUAAACUAGAAUAAACUGAGGUGGCCUAACAGGCCGCAGGCGAGCUGGAAAAUUUUGAGUCUUCAGUGAGUCGAAAAUGGCAUGUUCUACCUCUUUUGUUUGGCUCUUGUUUUGUGAUUUGUGAGUCUAUGUUAUCCAUGAUUAGGAUGGAUUAAUUGGCCUAAUUACCGCAACUUUUCUGAACUUUUCGAGUGUAUUUUUGUUUUUUUUUGGGGGGGGGGGGACGGGAAAAGCUAUUCCGAACCCCCUUUGUGAAAUAUUGAGCGGGCCGCGGCCCCUGCUCCUACGUGCGUGGUUGCUAAUAUGGAAAUUGACGCAAUAUAAACUUUCUCUUCAUGCAGGACGCACGAGAUGUGUUGCACGAGCUCGCUCCAAUCAGUAUGACACGGUACGAGAGAGAGCGUUGAAAUCCUUGGUCGCCUUGUUGGAGAAGAAAGGCGCUUGCAAGAAACUCUGGUUUACAAUGAACCAAGCCAAGCUGAAUAAAAUGAAACGAGAAAGUCACCCAAACAAUCGUUUAUUAAGACAACAUCAAAUGCACGAUUCAAGAACGCCUGUCUGGAUUAAAGGUAAUUGCAGGGAGGUGGGGUCGAAGAGGGGAUCUCAGGGGGGUGAGACUCUUACCUUGCCUCCAAAAUAUAACCAUAAUGAUUUAGUGGCCGAUUUUCAAUUUCUUGCUCACCGUACCUGA